CCACUGCGAACCUGAACGGCCGCGUGAACUUUGACAAUGGCUAAGAACAAACUAAAAGGGCAGAAGUCCAGGAACGUAUUUCAUAUAGCUAGUCACAAAACUUUCAAGGCUAAAAACAAGGCAAAACCAGUUACUACUAAUCUUAAGAAGAUAAAUAUUGUGAAUCAUGAAAAAAUCAACAGAAUGAACAGAGCUUUUGUAAAUAUACAGAAAGAACUUGCAAACUUCUCAAAAAGCCUUUCUCUUAAAUCUGUGCAGAAAGAGCUGAAGCACCAUGAAAAUGAACCAGCUAAUAUUGAUGAAGCGACACGACUUAUGGCUCAGUUGUAAUACAGUGACAGUGUAUCACAUUCCCCCAGAUCAAUAAAUUCAAUGUUUCAGAA